AUGUCUGAAUCCGAUUUUCAUCAUUCCACCAUGUUCGAAGAGAACAACCACCACUCAUGGACAACACCUCCGAAUCAAAUGAUGGACGAACGACAUCAUCACGACCUUGACACUGUCACUACUACCACACUCGACGAUGAAUAUCGAGAUUCUUUUGCCUCUCUCGACGAUCAUCCUCACUAUCUUCAUGAAGAGGAAAAUGAAAUUCAAAAUCCAAAAAACUCUUUUCAUGAUGAUGAGCAUGAUGAUGAUGACAUCAACGAUGAAAAGAAUGAAUUACAUUAUGGAAUGACAAGUAUGGGAAAUUUUGUAAAAUCAAAUAUCCCAACGACAGAAUUGGUUCAAAAUAACAACAUGUCCACACUUUCAUCAUUGCAUCAUGAAUCCAAUUUGGUUUCACCCACUCUUUCAAAAUUCCGAAAAGGUUUUGACGAUUCCUCUGGACAAGACACUCCCACAGAUUUAUCCGAAGUCAUGUUACAAGACGUUGACUUGGGAAUUCCAAGUGUGAAAAUCAUGUCACAUUCCCAUCCAUUGAAUGAAUUGAAAAUGUUAGAUGACGAUGGUCCUUCGAAUCAAGAUUCAUUACAACAACAACAACAUGAUUCUUCUUCUGAUAAACACAAAUCGGUUUGGAGCGAUUUGGCAUUACAAUUUCUAGGACGACAAGUCACAGAUACGUUUUUAACCUUUGAAGAUUCUCAACAAAUUUCUGUGGAAAUGAUGCAAGUGUUAAAAGAAAAUUCAUUUCUCGUUCAAACGAGAAUUUGGUUAUGGAGAUUGAGUGGAGGAUUGUUAUUUUCAUUGUUUUAUGGUUUUAGUGCUUGUUUGAUUUUUGUGAUUUAUGGAUUUUGUUUUUCGCUGCCAUGUGUCAUACAAUUAUUUCGAAUUGCAAAAUUUAUGUCAUUUCCAUUUACGAAAUUGGAAACUUUUGAAUAUGUGUUAUCGAGAUUGAAUGAGAGUAAUAGUGAGUUAUUGGCGAGUGCUAGUACGAGUACUGUGAGUCAGGCCAUGAUGCAACAUUUGAGUUCCAAACAUCGACUGUCAUCUGUCAGUUCGCCCAUUCCUCAAUCGACGUUGGAAAAAUCAAAUAGUGUUAAAAGUAUUAAGGAACAUCGAGAAUUAAUGUUCAACUCUCGAGAAAAGCACGGUACCAUGUUAUGGAUUGCAAAUAUUGUGUGGCUCUUACUUUUUGGAUGGCUCUUGGCAUUACUACAUUUAAUUUUCGGUGGAAUUUUAAUAUUAAGCGUUGUGGGCUCAGAAUUUGGUAGAAGACAUUUGGCACUUGUGACCUUAUCCUUAAUGCCCUUUGGUUUGUCCAUUAAAAAGUAA